AUGACCUGUGUGCUGCUGGAGGACAACAUCAUUACUUUUGUGAAGACCGAGCUGAAGAAGAUCCAGAAGGUUCUGAAUCCAAAUAAGCCCCAGUGCUUGGAGUUUCAGAGGGAGGAUGAUGAGCAGAGGAGCAGCAGAGAAGCAUUUGUGAAGAUCACAGUGGACUUCCUGAGGAGAAUGAAGCAGGAGGAGCUGGCUGACCGUCUGCAGAGCAAACUUCCAGCUGCUGUUUGUCAUCGUAACCUUAAAUCUGCCCUGAAGAAGAAGUUCCAGUGUGUGUUUGAGGGCAUCGCUAAAGCAGGAAACCCAACCCUUCUGAAUCAGAUCUACACAGAGCUCUACAUCACAGAGGGAGGGACUGCAGAGGUCAAUGAUGAACAUGAGGUCAGACAGAUUGAAACAGCAUCCAGGAAACCAGACAGACCAGAAACAACCAUCAGACAAGAAGACAUCUUUAAAGCCUCACCUGGAAGAGACGAACCAAUCAGAACAGUGCUGACAAAGGGAGUGGCUGGCAUUGGGAAAACAGUCUUAACACAGAAAUACACCCUGGACUGGGCUGAAGACAAAGCCAACCAGGACAUCCAGUUCAUAUUUCCAUUCACUUUCAGAGAGCUGAAUGUGCUGAAAGAGGAAAAGUUCAGCUUGGUGGAACUUGUUCAUCACUUCUUUACUGAAACAGAACAAGCAGGAAUCUGCAGCUUUGAAGACUUCCAGGUUGUGUUCAUCUUUGAUGGUCUGGAUGGGUGUCGACUUCCUCUGGACUUCCACAAAACUACAAUCCUUACUGACCCUAGAAAGUCCACCUCAGUGGAUGUGCUGCUGAUAAACCUCAUCAGGGGGAAACUGCUUCCCUGUGCUUAUAUCUGGAUAACCACACGACCUGCAGCAGCCAAUCAGAUCCCUGCUGAGUGUGUUGGCAUGGUGACAGAGGUCAGAGGGUUCACUGACCCACAGAAGGAGGAGUACUUCAGGAAGAGAUUCAGAGAUGAGGAGCAGGCCAUCAGGAUCAUCUCCCACAUCAAGACAUCACGAAGCCUCCACAUCAUGUGCCACAUCCCAGUCUUCUGCUGGAUCACUGCUACAGUUCUGGAGGAUGUGCUGGAAACCAGAGAGGGAGGACAGCUGCCCAAGACCCUGACUGAGAUGUACAUCCACUUCCUGGUGGUUCAGGCCAAAGUGAAGAAGGUCAAGUACGAUGGAGGAGCUGAGACAGAUCCACACUGGAGUCCAGAGAGCAGGAAGAUGAUUGAGUCUCUGGGAAAACUGGCUUUUGAUCAGCUGCAGAAAGGAAACCUGAUCUUCUAUGAAUCAGACCUGACAGAGUGUGGCAUCGAUAUCAGAGCAGCCUCAGUGUACUCAGGAGUGUUCACACAGAUCUUUAAAGAGGAGAGAGGACUGUACCAGGACAAGGUGUUCUGCUUCAUCCAUCUGAGUGUUCAGGAGUUUCUGGCUGCUCUUCAUGUCCAUCUGACCUUCAUCAACUCUGGACUCAAUCUGCUGGCACAACAACAAAAAACCUCCAAGCGUUUUAGCUUUUUAAGCAAAAAAGAAUCUUUUCACCAGAGUGCUGUGAACAAGGCCUUACAGAGUCCAAAUGGACACCUGGACUUGUUACUCCGCUUCCUCCUGGGUCUCUCAGUGCAGACCAAUCAGACGCUCCUACGAGGUCUGCUGACACAGAGAGGAAGUAGCUCACUGACCAAUCAGGAAACAGUCCAGUACAUCAAGAAGAAGCUCAGUGAGAAUCUGUCUGCAGAGAAAAGCAUCAAUCUGUUCCACUGUCUGAAUGAACUGAAUGAUCGUUCUCUAGUGGAGGAGAUCCAACAGUCCCUGAGAUCAGGAAGUCUCUCCACAGAUAAACUGUCUCCUGCUCAGUGGUCAGCUCUGGUCUUCAUCUUACUGUCAUCAGAAAAAGAUCUGGAUGUGUUUGACCUGAAGAAAUACUCUGCUUCAGAGGAGGCUCUUCUGAGGCUGCUGCCAGUGGUCAAAGCCUCCAACAAAGCUCUACUGAGUCACUGUGACCUGUCAGAGAGAAGCUGUGAAGCUCUGUCCUCAGGUCUCAGCUCUCAGACCUCUAAUCUGAGACAGCUGGACCUGAGUAACAUUAACCUGAAGGAUUCAGGCGUGAAGCUUCUGUCUGAAGGACUGAAGAGUCCACACUGUACACUGGAAACUCUCAGUCUGUCAGGCUGUCUGAUCACAGAGGAAGGCUGUACUUCUCUGGCCUCAGCUCUGAGCUCCAACCCCUCCCAUCUGAGAGAGCUGGACCUGAGCUACAAUCAUCCAGGAGACUCAGGAAUGAAGCUGCUGUCGGCUGGACUGAAGGAUCCAGGUUGGAGACUGGACACUCUCAGGGUGGAGCCUGCUGGAGUCCAAUGGUUGAGACCAGGUCUGAGGAAGUAUUCCUGUCAACUCACAAUCGACACAAACACAGUAGACACAAACCUCCAACUGUCUGACAACAACAGGAAGGUGACACAUGUGAAGGAGGUUCAGUCAUAUCCUGAUCAUCCAGACAGAUUUGAUGGUUCUUUUCAGCUGCUGUGUAGAAAUGGUCUGACUGGUCGCUGUUACUGGGAGGUCGAGUGGAAAGGAUGGUCCGAUGUAUCUUUGAGUUACAGAAGAAUAACCAGGAAAGGAAAUAACCAAAACUGCUGGUUUGGAUGGAAUGAUCAGUCCUGGAGUCUUUGGUUCAAUGAUACUGACCCUUACUCUGUCUCUUAUAAUAAAAUUAAAACACCCAUCUCCUCCUCCUCCUCCUCCUCCUCCUCUGUCUCUAACAGAGCAGCAGUGUAUGUGGACUGUCCUGCUGGCACUCUGUCCUUCUACAGAGUCUCCUCUGACACUCUGAUCCACCUCCACACCUUCAAAACCACAUUCACUGAACCUCUUUAUCCUGGAUUUAGAGUCCACCCUGGUGCCUCAAUGACUCUGUGCUGAGUUGAGUGUAAAGAGUGUCUCCUGUUAGAGAAACACUCUGACUGUUGAACAGAUAGUUCAGUCUGUACAUGUCUGUCUCUUUCACUCACAAACACGUUUUCACAUUCAUGGAUUCAAUCAGUGUUGAAUCCAUGAAUGUUUGUAACUCUUCUAAAUGAUUUUGUUUUUCUGUCUUUUUCCACUCAGAGUUUCACAGUGAAUAUCAGUAUGUUGUGUUUCUCUGAAGCUCAGUUUACAACCAGCUCCUCUGCAUUUUCAACAAGUCUGAGCUCAUUAAAAUGAAUCCAAAUGUUUGAUUUCUCUUUCUUAAUGGGAUGAUUCCAUCAUAGCUGAAUAAGUGGACAUCCAAAAGUACUCAGUGUAUCAAAUAUUAAAUACAUUGAGCAUCUCUCAUGUUUCUGUCAUUCUAUAAAAACAGCUGAUUUUAAAACUGAUCCAAUCAAAGAAACAUGUACUUCCAUAUUGAUCAGAUCAAUACGUACAGCUCUGAUGUCACUAACAUCUCCUUGAACUCUUCAUUGAUGGUGAUUUGUGGCCUUCUGCUGGUGAGAUGUGCAUGGUGAACUGCAUGAUGUCAGUUUAAUGAGCACAGAUGACAUGAAGUGUUUUUAAAUCUGCUUUUUCUAAUUGUUCAGGGUCCUGCUCCAGGAAGCAGCUUCAACAAACUCUGGCUUUCAAAAAUAAGACCUCAGUCUGAGGUUUUGUUUUUUGUUUUUGUAUUCUUUUAAAUUUCUAAUGUGUAAUAUCCAUUUUUAUGCUAUUUUAUACUUAAUGAAGUAAAGUAGUCAGUAUUACUUAUGUAUCUAAUUUUUGAACCACAUAGGUUGAACAGUAGCAUUGUGCUUAAAGCAUCUACCAUAGCUGAAGACUCUUGUUAUUGAUUAAAACAGGACUAAGCAAAGAAAUUGAGAUUUUAUGUGCUUUACAUGCACACAAAACCCAGCUUCCUUAAGAAGUUUCAAAUUUGGGUAAAUUUGGUUAUAAACUUGUGAAUUAAGUUCAUUAUUUGGCUAAUAAAUAAUAGUAUAACUUUUUGUUUUAAACAGGUGAACUAAUACAUUUAAGUUAAGGACAAUAUUUACAUCAUAUUUCACUUUGUGUGUGUGUGUGUUUUGUUUUUUUAAAUUUUAUUUUCACUUGCUACACACGGGACAGACAUGACUGGGGGAAAGAAAAGGGAGAAAGAAAGAGAGGUUGGGGAAAAAAAACAGCGGGGAAGAGGAACUGUGAUAAAGGGCAAAAAACAACAAAACAAACAGACAAAAAAUACAUAUGUCAAUCACUUGGAUCACCUGUUGAGAAAAAAGAAGAGAAAACAAGCAAAAAAGAGAGCAAUACAAUAAACAACAUCAUCGCCAUAAUCUAUGCGAGUAUAACAAAUACUAAAUAUUGAAUAUUAUUGUGCAGCAUGUAAGAUCGACAGCGCACAGUGUGCUUUAAGGUAGCAGCCAAAAAAGCAAUGGAAAAGUAUUUUCUCAAAGACAAGUUAACAUAUUUUGAUGAUAUUUGGAAGCCAUUUAAAAACUUUAUGAAAGAAGUAAACAUCGGACAACUCCUUCCUGCAGGAGUUGUCCGAUGAGGGGAAAAUUGUUUAGUCUGUGCUAGCUAUUUCUAUUUUUUCCCCUUUUUGUUUCCUUCAAUAUGUAUAAAUCUCACAUUGUACUAAUGUAUGCAUAUUUCAUGUGUUUUUCUUUGAUGUAGUUUUGGGAGAGAGCAGGGAUGGGAGGUGAGGGGGGAAAGUGUUCUUAUUACUACGGCAUAUUACUGUGAAAACAAACCUUUGUAUGCUGUUGCAAAGAGCAAUAAAAAAAAAUAUUGUUUUAAAGCACCUCCCAUUGCAAAACCCCCCUAUGGUUACAAAAGAUAAGGCACUAUGCGUGUAUGUGCGUGCACGUGUAAGCACGUGUGUGUAUUUGUAUGUCUGUGUAUGCUUGUGCAAUGUGUGUGUGUGUGUGUGCAUGAAUGUGCGAGCAUCUGUAUUUGUGUGUGUGUGUGUUUGUGUUUGGGGGUGCAUUUGUGUGACCUCCUGCUUACCAAAAGGAUCAUAAAAGCAGGAAGCUUACUAAACAAGAAAACAGAACCCUCACAUAGAUGUCCCUAUAAUAAAACACUAUAGCCUCCCCCACCAACAGACUGGCUGGAGAGGUGGUCAGAGACAAAGGAAUGUCUUUGAUCAUGCUGCUUGAACUAAGACUUACAAAUUUAAGUAACACGAUGACACCAUUUAACAAUUUGACUCCAACAAAUACAAGCGCGCUCAUGCUCACAGGUGCACUCACGGGUGCUCACAGACACAAACUGUAAUGUACAAUAAUCCAUAAACUUAAUUUGAUGGGCUCUUAGUUUAAGAUUUUUAGGAUACAUAUGUAGUAGCAACAUUUCUGCAUCUAAAGCAAUCUUUGUAGUCAAAACUUGGUUUAUUUUGUUCAUCACCUCCUGCCAAAAUGCACGGACAAUUCUGCAUUCCAAUAUACAGUGGAAAAAUGUUCCAAGGGCUUCACCACAUUUAAAGCAUGUAUUUGGAAUUCUGUUAUUAUAUUUGUUCAAUUUCACCAGUGUUACAUAUGUUUGCAUGAUCCAAUUGUAUUGUAAUAGCUUUAGGUUACUAUUAAUCGAUUGUUUUUGUGAUUUUAAGCAAGUUGACUUUCAUGUCUCCUCAGAAAUAUUAAUAUUUAGGUCCUUUCUCUCAGUUUCUCUUAGAAACUGAUGUUUCCGGAGAGGCAGAGACAAUCCAGUUAUAGAAUGUUGAAAUUAAGCCUUUGUUACCACAUUUUUUCACCAUCCAUACAAAGCCAAUCUGACUGUGAGCCAAUGUGUUUGAUAGUUUGUGUUUGAUCAAUAGAUUUGACAGACUUGGUUCUCAUCCAGAGGGAAACAGUCCAAUUUCAGAUCUAAUGAAAUGAUGGAGGCUGUUUCCUACCACGGUGCUAAUGUGGUAAUGCUGGAGACCAUGAGCCUUGUUAGUACAAGGCUCAUGGUCUCCAGCAGACAAGCGCCUGGAAUGAGG